CCCUCACCCUCAGCUUUCCCAGCAAGCAGUUCGGCCUGUGAUUGGGCGCUGGAGUCUGACGUCACAGCCGCAGCCAAUCAGCACGCUGCUUUGUGAUGUCAUUUCCACGACGUCAGCGCUAACGCUUACAGGGUUUAAAAGGAUAGUUGGCAGCCGGUGGUGAGUCAUACGUACUGAAAAGCGACAGUGACCGAACGAGACGAAGGAGUGCAGCGAUUCGAAUAUCCAACUUUAUACUGUCCGCUGCGCCAGCUUUCGCGGAGCAACAACAGACCCCCCCCACAUAGAGCGGUUCCAGUGUGUGUACUAUUGCGGUAUUGUAACAAAUAAUUUGUUAUAUUGUGAGUAAUAGUUGUACAUUGUGAAUUUUCAUUGGAGUACAGUUGUUGAUUUCAUACGACUACCUAUCAAUUAAACAUGAUGAGUGACUGUCAAGAAAUCCGCUCGAAACGGCCGAUGACUCUCGAUCUUGAAUCUGGAAGUAACACCCGUGCCAAACGACUUAAAAACCAACUGGCAGCGCCUGUGAUAUCAUCGCCUGAUUUGCACCGUCUUGCUCUAGCCUCGCCUGAUGUUGAAAAAUUUAUUAAGGGCAGUCUUCAGGUGAAUUCAUCUGCGCAGCCUACACCGGUAUCAGCCUACAUCUUUCCCUCAAAGGACCCAACGGUUCAGCAGAAGCAAUUUGUAAAAGGUUUCGAGGACGCUUUAGAGCAGUGUAAACGACGGGGCAGUCUUAACCCCGUAUCGUGUGAACCGCCUCCCAUGUCGUCAUGUGCUACAACAACAUUGACUACACUUACCACAGCCAACUUGGAAUCACUCAAUGUCCAGUUGGUAACCGUGGCCUCAUCGCAGUCAUCAACACAGUCGUCUGCCGAAACCCAUAGUUCCGACACAUCAGAUUCGAUGUCGAUGUCAAUGCCAAUGGCAACAGUCAAAGAUGAACAAACAGUUCCAAAUGGGGUCGACCCAAUCGACAUGCGUGACCAGGAAAAGCUUAAACUUGACCGAAAACGACUUCGUAAUCGAAUCGCCGCCUCGAAAUGCCGCAAAAAAAAGCUGGAACGGAUUUCACAGCUGGAAGCUCAAGUGAGGAAGCUAAAUGACGAAAAUCUCGAAUAUGAGAAAAUGAUAAACAUGUUGCGUCAUGAGAUAAGUACGCUCCGGCAAGAGGCAAUCAUGCAUCAGCAAAGUGGAUGUCACAUUAAACUUUGAACAAACGUUCAUUAUGGCAAGCGCUUAAAGGAAAAGUUUUUACUUAUUUAUACAUAACUUAUAUACAUUAAAAGCUUUCGCUAUCGUCUGCUACUAAAGCACGCAUCAAAUACAGAUAUAGACGAUUGCUUUAAGUCGUUUCCAAUGGUGGUAGAACUGGUAUCUUUCAGAUGCGAGUUAAAAGCGAACGCCAGAGUCAAGUUAGCUGUGUUAGGAAGAGCAUAAAGAAUGACCGUCAUUUGAGAAGUUGUACAUACCUAAUAUAUGAAGUGUUAACAGUCGUCAUGGGUGUGAUCAUAUACAAUGGAAAAAAAAUAACUGAAAGACAAAGGCAACCGAUUAGAGGCACUAGAAGCAAG